AUGGAGAACGUCAAAGUGCAAUGGACGUCGUCGAAUACUACAAACGACCUCUCGCUAAGCCAGAUCAUCAACCUAGCAAGCUCAUUCAGCUCCUUGGCCAUUCUCUUGCCCCUGCUGCUGUAUCUACACUUCGACUACCUAGCUUUCGUGGCACUGGGACCAGGAGGCACACCUACGACGUUUCCUGGCUACAUCCGGGUGAAAGUGCUCAGCUUCUUCGCGCUCAACGAUCCGUACCUAGCAGCACCGACUCCAAGGCGAUUUGAGGGCCAGUCGGGCUAUCUGAUUGACCUGGCGAAACGAUCACUUCCCAGACCGUGUGCGAGAGGCAUCGCGCCACACCGACAAGUGACGCAAAAAGCCGACAAAGAUUGCUAUGGCAGACUCGCCAACUCGAUCGAGACGAUGGGCAGAUCGAGCGAUCGUCUCCGUCUAGGCACUUCCUGCUUCGAGAAGAACGGCACCGGGCUGUUCUCCACCUCGCCCGCUAAGCGCACCUGCAAUGGAGAGAUCUGCCAUGCUCAUCCGUCCGACGGGUCGAUGCAUAUGACUUUGCACCCGGCAGACGCCAAGGCCGUUCUGGAAGCUGGAUGGGGCGAACGACAUCCUCUGGCUCGAGGUGGAUGGUUCGAGCGGUUUGUGCCGGGAGGGUUCGUGAUGAUCUAUGCUCCUCACAGCGAGCAAGACGUCGAGACGGUGAUGCAGAUUGUUAAGGCCGCUGCUUGGUUUGUGAGUGGCGGCGACGGGAUCAAGGAUGUGAUCGCUGAGCGCAGAGAUAGUGGAUAUGCUUCGGCUGAAGACAUCUUGACAAAUCAGGCUUGUUGUUCUGGGAAGUAG